AUCGAAUUACCGAAAUAAGAGGCAGUGGAAUGGUCUGGCAACGCCGAUCCUCCUAAUUAAUGAGAAAUUGAUUUGUUUUGAUCGUCUGCUGACACUCCAAAAGGCUCCUACAGACUAGUCACAAUACGAAUGCUUUUUACUUUUGAAUCCACCGGUCUACUUCUUUUUAUAUUCGUGCAAUAUGUAUAAGCCAGUUCCACAAGUACACUCUAGCAAUGAAGGUGAAGAUUCCGAGAGUGAACUUUUUAACUCAUCGACUCUCAACUUCGACGAAAAAUCUCCUCAAUAUGAUCAUUCAGGUGGUGUUGCUCCCCAGCAAAUGGAAAAACCUUCCAUGUCAGCGGGGAGGAAGAUCGCUCUAGCAUUAUCAAUAGUGAAUUGUGUGGCUUUCAUCAUCCUCUUCUUGUGGAUUCUACCUUGUGAAUAUGACACUUGCAAAGCUACACAUAGUGUGAAAACCAAAGAUUGGGAAGUUAAUUUGACAGGAAAAGGAGUACAGGCUAUGGGAAUGGCUUCGUCACUAACUAGCAAGUCAAAGGAAAUGCUGAUCCUGUUAAGCAGCAAAACUACUCAUUCCAUUUCAAGUUCAUAUUGCUUUAGUAAUGAAUCAAAUAACUUGCUUGGCAUCCGAGCUGCAGAUGGGAAAUUAGUUUGGGAGAAAAAUUUUACAGAAGCAAUUCAGUAUCUCAAUUGCUCCCUGAUUGAUGUGGACAAUGAUGGUGUUGAUGACUGUUUGCUGUUCCCUGUUGUUAAAAGUCUCUCAGCAUUAAACUCCCUUACAGGAUCUCUAAUGUGGCAUUUUCAAAUUCCACGAGAUGAUUUAAAAAUAAAACCAGCUGCCGAAUUACGAAUAAUUGACAUCGAGACAUUUGCUGAUCUCAAUAAUGAUGCCAUUUCUGAUAUUGCUGUCAUCAUGAGCGAUUUGAAGGCGCAGUUUUUCAUUGGCAUAUCGGGAAGUAAUGGAGAGUUGCUCUGGCAGUUUCCUCUAAACACAAGCUGCAUCCCAACCAACCAGUCAAUUUCCAUUCACAGUGUGUUGUCCAACUUUUGUUUUAAAGAACCAGAGUUUGGUAAAACAAACGUUACCAGUCGAUUUUUGUCGUAUGGGCGAUCACCUUCAGCACCAAAUUUCCCUCCUUGUCUAAAAUGUGAUGCGCUUACAAGCGGAAUUCCGAAAGCACGAUAUUUGUUUCAUAGAAGCGCCAACGACUUCUUAAUUCGUGCUAUUGUCAACUGUUCUACGCUAGGAACCAUCGUCAAGAAAACAAUAUUCGAUAUUUAAUGUAGGUCCCUUAAUUGGGUUUUCAAUUUCACACAUGUUGUCUCCUCAACGGACAUUUCUUAACGUUAGCUAUAGUCACUUUAAAAUGCCUUGCAAUGCUCGUCUUCUUUUUCAAACUUCAGACCCAGCAAAAAACUGUCACCCAAAUUAUUAUUUAAGAAAAUCUAAUUUCAUGUUCGUUAUGUACUAGUCUUUGAACUUUUUAAAAAUGGUUCAAUAAAAAAAAAUGCACUGGAAA